AUGCCUGAGUUCAUCCCCUCCACUACAGCUCCCGCUAAUGGCGUGAGAUUCUUCAACUGGCCCGGUGCUGGAGAGGAGAUUUCCGAGACCCUUGGAUUCACCCAUGCUUGCAUCAUCCCUCCUGGCGCAACUAUCAUCCACGUCGGUGGACAGGCUGGCAUUACUCCAGAGGGAACAGUCCCGUCCGACCUGGAGGAGGAGAUUCACGCGGCCUUUAGCCAUAUAGAGCUCUCUCUACGCGCGGCGGGCCUCACUGGAACCAGACAGGAAGUUUGGGCAUGCGUCUACAAAGUAACCGGUGCCUCUUCAAAGGUGUUCUUCUCUUUGCUAACCACAUCGCCAUUGCAACAGGUCAAUACAUAUCACGCCAACACCGAUGACAAAUUUGGCCUCACGCUGCAUCGCAUUCUGAUGGAAUACGUUGGUGCAAACCGGCCUCUCUUUACUGGUGUUGAUGUUUAUAAGCUUCUGCGUCCCGACUUGCACUUGGAGAUUGAGGUGGAAGCGUUUCUCCCCAAGGUUGAAUGA